CAAGAUUCGCAUUUGACUUCAGAUCUGGUUUUUGUUGGCGAUGUCGAGUACUUUGUGCGCAGUGCAAUGGUGUGCCUGCAUGAAUCGGAACAAAAACAAACCCCCCGCUUUCAAAAAAAAAAAAAAGCCCAACAAAAGCAAAACACAAGAAAGGAAGACAAAAACAAAAACAAGCACUUUGCUCCACCGACCAUGCCGUGGAUCAGAUCGCCAGUCCCGAUGAGCGGCAACGACGUUUGCCCGGCAUCGAUGUUGAUGCGCGAGUGUGUAGCGGACGACCAUUGGAGUCGUUUUUUUGGAUUGGCAGCGCAAUCUCGAAAUGAGAUGUGUCAAUGUUGUGAUCAGUCUGAUGUUUUUCCCCCCAGUUCCGCCCCUCGGCGCUGGGCUUCUCACCUUCCUUUCAUCUACUCUGCCGUCUUGAUUGAGUCUCCGUUUGUUGGUUUUUUAUUGCUCCUCUCAUCCAACCCGCCCACUCCGUUCCACCACGCACGCGUCCUUUUCUUUUCCAGAUGUGGACGACUUUUCAACACACGACCAUGGCUUUUGUUUGCUCACGAC